AUGAGUUGGUUUGUUGUUUUUGGCCUGUUUCUUCAAGUGUCUUUAUUUAACCCAGUAAUUGUCUCCGGGUUAAGUUUUGAAAUAAAAACAGGGCAAACCAGGUGUAUUCAUGAUGAAAUGGAUAAAGAUGAAAUCGUCAUCGGUAAUUACAAAAUUUCCGAGGGACCAUCCAGCCAAGUGUCGAUCGAGGUGAAGGACAGCAAGGGGCAUACAUUUUUCCAAAAGUCUGAUGCGACGUCUGGAAAGUUUACGUUUUCCUCCGAGGUUGAGGACUCCUUUGACGUGUGCUUCCGUUGUACUGGCGCAAGUGGGCUGGUUGAUACCCACGAGGUGUAUGUGGACAUCAAACAGGGAGAUGAGGCCAAAAACUUUGAUGCUAUUGCGCAAGCUGAAAACUUGAAACCAGUUGAGGCAGAAUUAAAAAAGAUUGAGUAUUUGACUGAUUCCAUUGUUCGUGAUUUCGUCUCCAUGCACACGAGGGCUGACGCAAUGCGCAACAUUAACGCCUCUACGCACGGUCGUGUUCUCUACUUUUCAAUGUUUUCCAUAAUCUGCCUUAUCGCUCUCGCCAUCUGGCAAGUGAUUUACCUCCGAAAUUACUUCAAGUCCAAGAAAUUGAUCGAAUAG